GGGAGCUCAGACGCCUCGAUUUUGCUUCAUUUGCAGCCAGUGCUCGUUAAUCAUUGUUGUCAGUGGCUGUGAAGUGUUACGAAAUUUGCGCAUUCUUGUGAGUCUUCAGUGGAAUCAUUGGAGCUCGCAUCUUUCCAUUUUCGGAUCUGCUUGAGGUGGCGUAAGGUUUAGCCCCUAAGGGCGGGUGUACAUUUGCUCAGUGUUGAGAGAGGAGGCAGAGGUUUUGGAACAGGUGUGUUCUGGCUUGUGAGGGCGACGGAGGAGUAGGGUGCGUCGAAUAGCUAACGCCAUGGAGAAAUUAUCUCCGCGCAUGUUGGGCGCGGCUUUGUUUUUCGACAUUUUUGCCUUCGGGCUUGCUUUAGGCGCGAUGGCUAAGCGGAGUACGGCGCGACCAACUUAUGCUGAGCCUGGAUAUCUCACCUGUGGUUACACGAAAGAUGUUUCCACUGGGCUAGCAGCCUCGGCAUUUGUCUUUCUCCUCUUUGGCCAGGUCUUAAGCACAGGUUAUGCCUGCUGCAUCUACUGCGGGAAACCCACUCAGAAGUCCGGUUUUUCACGAGUCUGUACAAUUUUGUUUCUUAUAUUAUCCUGGCUUUCUUUCGUCAUUGCCGAGCUCUUUCUACUCAUUGGUGCAAUUGUGAACAGUAUCCGAACUAAAGGCCAGUUGGACGUGGGAGUUGUUAGUGAGGAUGAGAAUUUUUGCAGACAAACAAAGAAGGCCAUCUUUGCUGUAGGGGCUGCCUUUACUUUCUUGACGAUGAUUUUUAGUAUAGGAUAUAUCUUCCAAGCCAAGACUAAUGGCAAAGAACGCGAAUGGCAUUCAUACCGGGGAGAAGCUGAUCCUUACACUGAUCAUGAGGGCCCCUCUAUGAGUAUGACGGCUUACCACUGAGAUGUGUCACAUAUUGCCAGUCUAAGCAAGACACCCACUCUAUCAUGCCAAAGAGAUAUCAGAUCUCUUUCACAUGUAGAUACCAGAGCUAUUUCUCGACCAGAUUUUUUGGUCGUGCGAGAGGCUUGCAACCAAUUGGAGGAAUAUCUAACCACAUGAACAUGCAGAUCAGGCUCAAAGUACAGCUCAAGCAUGCCAGUACGUCGCGUCUUUACAUCUACGAUAGUGGCAUACCUUGGACAUGAGGAUUUUUAUAUCUAUUGAAGUUGGAUUUUUAUAUCUUAGAGCAUGGAAGUGAACUUUCCCUCCGCAAUGAGCAGGGAAUGUAUUUUUUUCAGAUGUGGACUUGUAAGGAUCCUGUAGAGGGCAUGUUAUUUCGUUCUGCUUUCGAGGCUACAUUAUGGAACUCCCACAAUAAAUCAUCCAGCAUGGAUUCAGCACACCACA